AUGACAAAAAUCGGUGUAAUCCUUGGUCUACGAGCAGCACUUCGUCGGGGCUCGCCACUGGUUCGUUUACUCAAGGCGCCAAGGCCAAAAGCACAUGAUCGUACGCCCUUUAUUCUCAUUCUUUCAGGUUCAUCCUCCGGCAUAGGAGCUGGAACGGCUAUAUUGUUCGCUAAGGAAGGUGCAAAAGUGACUAUCACGGGAAGAAAACAAGAUGGACUUGAGGCUACCAAGAAAGCCAUGAUUGACGCUGGUGCAAAUGAGGACGACGUGAACAUCGUUGUGGCAGAUGUGACGGACGGACAUGGAAGAGAACAAAUCGUAUCCAGUACUAUUCAAAAAUUUGGACGUUUGGACAUUUUGGUUAAUAAUGCUGGCGCAGCUUUCCUUGGCGAAAACGGACAACUAGGGCUUGCGGGUGGUACUGAUAUUUUGGAGAAGACCAUGAAAAUAAAUUUGUACAGCGUAGUCGACACGAUCAAGCUGGCUCGACCACAUCUUGUAAAAUCCAAAGGUGAAAUCAUCAAUGUUUCCAGUAUUGCCGGACAGCCUAGCUCAUACGCAAUGAAUGCAUAUUAUGCUAUGUCUAAAGCAGCUCUGGAUCAAAUGAUGCGAGCUUUGGCAAUCGAACUGAUAGCGGAAGGAGUUCGCGUAAACAGUGUGAGGUAG